GAGAAAGCAGCCGCCGCGAACUGCGCGCGUUAGUGUCAGCACCGCUCGCGUGACCUAGAUCUUCAACCAGGCAAUCCAUCGGCGCCAUACGUCCCGCCAGCACCGCUUCACACAGUCUGGCCAAUGCUGAAUGCAAAUUCUUGCGAAAUGAGCGCUGAAUGCGAAUUUCGCACCGUUUCGUGUGCCACACAUGUUCAACCAUGACGCGGCAAACGUGGAUCAAGUGCGACGUUGCUGCAGGUAGGAUAGCUCUCAUUUCUCAAUUCGCCGCCAGUUAGCAACAUCAAGCGCAACUCUCGCAGUCAUGAUGAACGAUCUCGAGUCGCCGACCACCAGCCCCGCGCUGAAGAAUGCGGCGCCCGAUCCGCUUUCCCCUCAGCCGCUACCCACCCGCGCGACCCGCCAGCAUCAUAGCCACAGCGUGGACGGGAGCCCGCGCACCAGCAGCAACGUGAGCGCGGUCGCCGAGCUUGCCAGCAAGGAGAAUAACUCGACGCAGCAUGUACGUCGUCUCUCCACGGGCCAAAUGGCCGACGAGACGCUCCCCAAAGAGCGCAUCGACAUCAUCAACGACUUCCUCCAGGCACGAGUAGACACGCGCCCACUCAUCGGCGUCGUGUGUGGCUCUGGCCUGGGAGGACUCAGUAAGUGUCUGGAGAACCAGGAGGUCAUUAAGUACGAGGAUAUCCCACAAUUCCCUCGUUCUACCGUCGAGGGCCACGCCGGCGAACUGGUCUUCGGAGACCUGGACGGUAUCCGAGUCGUGUGCAUGCGUGGCCGCUUCCACUGCUACGAGGGCUACGCCAUGCGCGAGACAGCACUGCCCAUUCGCGUCAUGUACUUACUAGGCAUCAAAUAUCUACUGGUAACUAACGCUGCCGGUGGUCUGAACCCGGACUUUAACGUGGGAGACCUGAUGAUCAUGAACGACCAUCUCAACAUGCCUGGACUGUCAGGCCAACACCCGCUCAUCGGUCCUAACGAUUCUCGCUUCGGCGCUCGGUUCACCCCACUGUCGAAUUGCUACGACAGAAAGUUGCAGGACUUGGCCGUCAAAGUUGCCGAGAAUCUCGGUCUAACUCAUAAAAUCCGGAAGGGAGUCUACUGCUUCGUGUCUGGACCUACAUACGAGACGCCGACUGAGUGCCGCUUCUUGCGACUGGUAGGAGGUGAUGCCGUCGGCAUGAGCACAGUGCCCGAGGUCAUCGUGGCUGCUCACUGUGGGCUGAAAGUCAUCGGUCUGUCGCUUAUCACUAACAAGGCGCUUUUCCCCGGCGAAGAGCGCGAGGCGGCUUCCCACGACGAGGUCCUUGAGACCGUACAGGCUACGCAAAAAGACAUCGAGACGUACGUGCGAGACCUGAUCGCAGAAAUUGGCAAGCAACACCACGUGUAGGCGCACGAGGUACAUUGUAACUUAUAGGUUUGCUAGUUGACUUUGCUGUCGCAAUCAAAUAAACUAGAGUCGAUGCGUGUUGUUAAAUGUGGAUUCGAGUGACACAGCAAAGAUUGCGUUUGAAUGUGUGGAAGAACGACAUCGAAGCAUCCUGCAUCCCUACGAAUC